UCGUCGGCAAUGUGUGGCAGCCGUCAUUCGUUAUAAGUUCUGCCCACGCUCCAAGCGCAUUGCAUACCUUGCCCAAGAUCGCAGAGGCAACAACGAGUCAAUUGCUCUAAUCCCGGCUGAAAAUUUAGUGAUAGUUAUUACGUGACUGCGGCGAGUGACGAAGGUAAUUGCUGUGAAAUGAUGUGAAAAAUAAAAUAAGGAAAGAGACGACAGAUCACAUUUUGAAAACACGCCGAAUACGGUACGGCAACGGAAAAUUUUUAAACAUGUUUUGUAAACGUGUAAUAACGAUAUCGCCGCUUCGACGUCUUUCGAGCUGAUAACAAUCUACGCUUCAAGACGUUAUCUUCGGGUACGGACUACAGUUACUUUGCAAUCGACAGAUUCCCAUUUCUCGAGGAGAUUUCCCGAUGCACUGAAGUUAUGAUUCGUAUGAUCAUAUAACAACGAUGUGAUAUAUUGAGCUACGCUGAGCAGCAGGGCCGAUUGUUCAAAAUCAAAGUAGAUAGAAUAACGAGUUCUCAAAAUGGCUAUAGCUCGGAUUAAAUCCUUCAUUGACAGUGGCCUGAAGAACAGCUCGCUGAAUCGAACGACCAGUCUAGAACCGGAAGUGGGAAUAAAAAUUGUCCACUCCCCGGCGGCGAAGGCUUUAUACGUGACCAUUAUAGGUGCAAGACACUUGCCUCAGAACUUUGGCUUUACCAGAGUCAACAGUUACGUUGUUAAGGUGAAACUUCUCCCAGGGAAGGAGAAGUUCGAAACGACCCCAAAAAACGAGUCCUGGCCGAGUUGGAACGAGGAGUUCACCUUCCCACUGACGAAAGAGACGAAAUCAAAAUUUGGGAAGACAAAAGUAACCGAAGAAGAAAUCGGUGGGUCGAAAUUGGUCGUGGCCACAGUCUACGCUGUUCUAGAGGACAAGCCACUGAUAGCCACCGAUAAAAAGGAAUCGGAGAACGAAAGAGCCAAGGGUGAGUCUUCCAAGAAAGGGAAGAAGGAUAAUUCGGCCGCCAAAAGUACGCCCUCAACCACAGAUUCGUCCAAGGCCAAUCUGCUGACCCAGUUCUUUGGCAAACAAAAUGAUAAGGAAAAGACAAGCAUGCCUCAGAAGAGUGCCAGGGACCGGAUCUUCGACAAGAGACGAACCCUAGGAGCCGCCACUGUCAAAUUGGACCCUGGAGUCUUCGUUACAAAACCCGCUAAGCCAAAGCAUGCGGGCGACGUUUCCACUGGAGAAACUUGGUGGCCACUAAAACCGAUCAGUAGCGGAAUCUCCGGAGCCGAUGAAAGGCGAGAGAGCAAGAAAGGACAGGUGGAGAUUUCAUUAUGCCAGGAGAAGGGGGACAAGGACGGAGAAAGUGGAGGCAGCUUGAUAUUGUCAUUGAGCAAGCUAAGAUGCUCCUUACAUACGAUGCACGAACACGAGGCUCUGAAGGGUCAGCUGUACAUAAAGAUGUCCGUAGUUGACAACGGCAUAGUCACACAUUUUUGGAAAAGUGAUAGAUUCAUGCCGACUAUUUCGACCAGUUUUUCACCUGACAACGCAAGGGUUAUCGCAAAGAAUCCCCAGGGCGACGUCAGUUUUGUGGUGAAAUUUGUCUCCAAAAAUAAAUUGGGAAAGAAAACCGCAGUUGGGCAUUUCGUGAUAGGACCGGAUGGAGGAGGAACCUAUGGCGAACAGUGGAAACAAGCGUUGGCUAAACCUGGCCAGCAAAUCACUAAAUGGCAGCCCUUCGAGUGAUAAAGUCAAUGAAAAGUUCUCGAGACUUGUCGUUGAAUUUUAUUUUUUAGAUACACACAGUAUUGUUUAUCGUCAACUGAAGUUCGAUUCAUUCACCUCUUUUAAUACUCGCACUUCUGUGUUAACUACGUUGAAAUUUUUAUACUUGUACCAUAUAUAUAUAUAUAUAACAUUUUUUAUCGUUGAAACUGUGAAUACGCUAUCGGUCAAUGUAUUGUGAAAAUUUACUCGCUUCGGUCCGCUACGCAAGGUUCGUCGAUAAGUAAUUGCACUAUUUUAUAAUUCUACGAGUCUCUCCGUAAAACCAAGCUUUAAGGCUAUCAAAAAGUAUAGUUAAUCCGCAGGUCUAGGUUUUAUGUAUCGAGAUACGCUAAACGUGAAAUUUUCAAAAUUGUGUAGGGAAAUUUCGUUUAGCCCUACGUUAUGAGAGUAUUGCAAUUAUUCUAAUCUGAUCCGAUUGAUGUAAUAGACUCGAAUAAACAUUUGUGUAAAAAUUUUCCAUUUUAAUAUGAGAAAAUGAGUACUCAAGUAUUUCUUCGUGAGAAAAUCAAUUUAUUACAUUAUUCGUUAUUUUAUACAUUUGUACAUAUUUAUUGUAUCACAAAACUGACUGUCCCUUACUUUAUUUAUAAACUAAUGUUAUAUAUUCACUGCACAAGGUAAUAUCGUUUUUGAAACCUACGUAUACAAGUAUUUCUCAUUUAUCGCGUCCAAUCCGUCUUUUUUUUAUUCGUCUAUUACAUUAUUU